AUGAUGGAUAUCCUUCAGCGCCUAGCAAGGUUCUUAGACCGACCCCUCUUCCCGUGGAAGAAGCUCAUCAUCGGUUUUUCUGUCGCUCAGUAUCUCUUCGAAGAAUUCUUAUCACUACGCCAGUACGGAGUCUUAAAGAAGACGAAGCCCCCCAAGGUUCUUGAGAAAGAAGUUGCCCAGGAUGUCUACGAUAAAAGUCAGGAAUAUGGUCGCGCUAAAGCAAAGUUUGGUUUCGUAAAAGGUCUCUGGGGUCAAAUCCAGAAUAUUGCAUUCAUUCACUUUGAUGUUCUCCCAAAACUAUGGACAUGGACUGGUGGCCUCCUCCGUUUCGCUCCCGCUCGGUUUAGCGGCGAGAUAUCGCACUCAAUUGUUUUUGUCCUCACGUUUAUCCUGAUCCAGCAAGCUCUAUCACUCCCUGCCAACAUCUACCAUACGUUCGUCUUGGAAGAAAAGUUCGGUUUUAACAAGCAGACGCCCAAACUGUUCAUCACUGAUAUGCUCAAGUCAAACUUGCUUGCUUUCGUCAUUGCGCCUCCUGUUCUUGCCGGAUUCCUUGCCAUCGUAAAGAAGACGGGUACUCAGUUUGUCACGUAUCUCUGGCUCUUCACUGCUGUUCUUCAGGUUUUCAUGAUCACGGUCUACCCAAUCUUCAUCCUACCUCUGUUCAAUAAACUGUCCCCUCUAGAGGAAGGCAAAUUGAAGACUGAGACUGAGGCACUGGCCAAGAAACUGAAUUUCCCUCUCCAUGAAUUGUUCGUCAUCGAUGGAAGCAAACGCAGCGCGCAUAGCAAUGCUUAUUUCUUCGGACUUCCGUGGAAGAAGCACAUCGUCAUCUACGACACAUUGAUUGAGAAGAGCAGCUCAGAGGAGGUUGUUGCCGUUCUAGCCCACGAACUCGGCCAUUGGAGUCUUGGUCACACUACUAGGCUUUUUGGUAUCUCUCAGAUUAACGUGUUCUAUAUCUUCAGCUUGUUCUCGGUCUUCGUCAACAACAACUCCUUGUAUGCCGACUUCGGUUUCAUCAAGGAGCACCCUAUUAUCAUCGGAUUCAUUCUAUUCUCGGACGCAUUGGCACCAAUGGACCUUGUGAUUAAGUUACUGAUGAACAUCAUGAGCCGACGAUUUGAAUUCCAGGCCGAUGCCUUUGCUCGUAACCUGGGUUACCAGGCUGAGCUAGCUUCGUCUCUCAUCAAGCUGCAGAUCCAGAAUCUUAGUACGAUGGAUGCAGACUCGUUGUAUGCGAGCUACCAUUUCUCCCACCCCAUCCUUUCGGAGAGACUGAAGGCGCUGGAGUGGAACCCCACCGGAAAGGUGGUCGAAGAGAAAAAGGAAGACGAGGAUGUUGUUGAGAAGGCCAGUGGACGGGAACUGUAG